AUGCCGCAGAAGGUCCUUCAAGCGGCCUCGAUACGUGCUGCGUUAGAACUGGUGGUCUGGCUGGCUAUGAUUUCAGCGCGGAUGUGCAGCUCGCAGAUACUAACACGAUGGUGGUUCGUUGUGCUUUGUGUGCUUCGUUGUAGUCCGGCCGACCGUGCUUUGCGAAUUGCUUGUGAUUGGUCGACCCGAAAGCGUAAUCUUGCAAUCUGCGCGUUUCGUUCGUUGGAAGUCUAG